AUGAAAUCUACGAAGACCAUCGCCGUCAUUGGCAGUACCGGUCAGGUAGGCAAGUCCGUCGCUCUGUCUUUGCUCCAAGAUGCCUAUUUUCACGUCAGAGUCACAACACGGAACCCGACCAGUGAAAAGUCCCAGUAUCUGAACUCACUUGGUGCCGAGGUUAUCAAGGCAGACUCUUGGAAUGCUGGCGAGCUCGACCUUACGUUCAAAGGUGUUUGGGGUGUCUUCUUAAACACAAAUAGUGAUGCCCCAGAGUUUGCUGGAGAUGGUGACUUGGCCGAGACCCAGAUGGGUAAGAAUGUUGUGGACGCCGCCCAAAGACAAGGGAAGGGGUUCAAGUCUUCAUAUAUGCCGACGAAUUUUCACAAGAAUAAUAUUUCCGACUACGCUAAGCAAGCGGGAUUCCGGUCCACUGUCAACGUCAAUGUGGGGUGGAUGAUGGAGAACUUCUGGAAUCCUGCCUACGAAAAGGCUUUUGGCGGGUUUGCCCGCUUGGAGGAUCCUGCCAGUUACUUGACCAUUGACCUUUUUCCUAUAGGCAAUACACCUGAGUCAACGCCAUUCACCUCAGUACGCGAUGACUAUGGCGACAUUGUUCACGGCGUUUUCCUGGACCCUGGCUCGUGGGACAAGCAGACGGUAUGGGCUGUCUCACAGCCUCUGAGUUUCCAAGGUUUCGCGGACGCGUAUAACAGGGUGUCUGGGACGACUAAAGCGCGCUAUUUGCAGCGAACCAAGCCAAACGAGGCAUCAACUCCGGAGAAAUCUGCCGAGGUAAAUGCUAUCCGGAAGUACGUUGAGUUCGUUAAGGGCGAUUACUGCAACGGCAAGCCAGUCGAUCAAACCGCUGCCAGAGAGCUUAAGAAAGCUGGUGCUGUGGCAAGGAACGCUCCGAAGGAGCAGCAGAACUUACAGACGGUUGGAGGAUUCAUUAAACGAUAUGGGCUUAGGGGUGAAGACAUGUGA